GAUUUUCCCCCAAGCUCAGCAGUCUACGAUUCGCCGCUGAGCCGUUGACACGAAUUAAUUGAACGGAAAGCGCGGAUUUAAUCCAAUCGAAUCGCCGUUCGGAUCACUUUCUUAUCACAAGCCCACUACGUGACUUAAAUUCCAUUGACGUGCGAGUAUUUUGUGAAUCACAACCGGUGGCUGAGAAAUCAGCGUUCUAGAACAAAGAAAAGAGCAAUGGGGGGCAUCAGUAACGUCUGUCUGCUGCUGGCUCUCAUCAUAGGAACAUCAUUAUUGACAAUAGGCGAUGCUAAAUCAAGUUUGGAUCUUUAUGGAGCAUUAGAGCGUAUUCCUGCAGCGAAAUGGUUGGAUAUGGUGAACUCGGCGCUCGACUCAGUUAACAGACAAAAGCGGCUUGAGGAAAAUCUGCUGAGUUCCGACAUCACUGUUAAGAAUGGUAGCCUUUCACAUGUUCAACUUCUGGAUACAUUGCCGAGUUUGGAUUCAAAAAAGGACAGUGAACUCGCUCAGAAGAUCAUAAAGUCCAGCUUGUUUGUGUACAACAGUCAGUGCCUGCCAAAUGAAAUCGACGGAGAUGAUUGCCGCAGUUUCCUGGAGCAAAAACCCCUUCCUGAAGGAAGUAGUCUGCGAACCGAGUGCGAAAACUUGCUAAAGACAAAUCGAGAGGGUCAUCACGCUUUCAGAAGGUUGCUGGGAAGCAGUCACUACAAGGAUGGUUUCUAUGAUAUGUUCCCCAAUUCCGGAAGGCGCAACAGUGUUCCGGCAGCCUGGUCCAUUAGUAAGGAGCUCUACGAACCCGAUAAUAUUCAAACGGAUAAGCGGAUUAUUCUGGAUAGCAAUCUUAAUUUGGGUCUGGCACAGUGGGCUCAGUUUGUGGAGCACGAUCUUAGCAAGCCAGUCUCCCAAUCGAUGAGCAGUGGAGCUCCGAUCGAGUGUUGCAGCCGUGACCAGAACAACCUUCAGCCUCGUCAUCACCACCCGGCCUGUGCUCCGAUUCUCCACCAGCCCAGUGGGAAAUACGACGUGCCCAGCUGCCUCAAUUACGUGAGAAGUGCUCUGGCCGUGGCCGAUUGCAAUUUUGGUGGCGCUGAACAGCUCAACCAGGCCACGGGAUCCUUGGAUUUGUCGCAGCUUUAUGGCUUUUCCACGGCAGCAGAAAGAAAGUUGAGACAAUUCCAGGGAGGCCUUCUGAAGACCACUCCACGAGGAGAGUUCGACAGUGCCCUGCUGCCCAUGGCCACGGAUACGGAAGGACCCUCCUUUUGUGCCAAGGAAAGAAUUGGAGAUGGCACCUGCUUUGCAGCUGGAGAUUCGCGUGUCAACAGCAACCCCUUCUCCAUUCUGAUCUACACGAUCUUCUUGCGAAAUCACAAUCGAUUGGCCAAAGAACUAAAGAAUCCUCAUUGGGAUGAUGAAAAGCAUUUCCAGGUUGCCAAGGCUAUUAAUGUGUAUAUAUAUCGUCGGAUAGUGAUCGAGGAAUGGCUUCCGGCGGUUCUUGGCGAACGUAUGGCCGCUGAGGUGCAGAGAAAAAAACUGGAUCGUGGCCUGGAAGUCUCCAAUGAGUUUGCAGUGGCCGCCAUUCGAUUCUACUUCUCAAUGCUGCCCAAUGAGCUUCAAAAUUUGACAAAGAACAACGUUGUGCUUGGUACUGAAAAAAAUAACCAGUAUGUCUUUAUUAGCAAGGACGUACCAACGACAAAUUUAUUUGAACUCAAGGAAGAAAUAUACAACCCACAACUGCAGUACACUUCCAAGAAACUGAACGACAUUCUUGAAAGUUUACUUAACCAGGAGAUCAUGAAAAUGGAUGCUGCCUACUCUGGAGGUGUUGUUUGGCACAAUGACACUAAACCCACACAUGCUGAUAUCCUAGCUUUCGACAUCCAAAGGGGCAGGGAUCACGGUUUGCUCCCAUAUCAUAGGUAUUUGGAAUCGUGCACUCUGCUGAGACCUGUAAACAGUUGGAGAGACUUUGAGGAGUUUAUUCCUAAAGAUGUUUUGGAUAAGCUGAAAAUUAUUUACAGCAGUUGGUCUGAAGUGGAUUUGAUUGUCGGUGGUAUCUCGGAAAAACCAGUUGCUGGAUCUGUUGGACCCACUUUUAGCUGCAUAAUCUCUGAGCAAUUCGCACACGUGCUUAAGCAACACCAGCAAAAUUCUGACAGCAAAUACCCUCUGUUGUCGGAGUACUUCCGAGACAUGAAUGGAACCAAACUCUUGUGUCGAAACUCCGGUCUUUCGGCUGUUCCCCAGAAUAUCUUCCAGUUGCCAUCGGCCCGUAAUCAAAUGGUCUCUUGCAAAGAUGUCUAGAGUUUGACAAUACACCGGCGCUCACACAUCGCAUACGAAUUUAAGAUUAAGUUCCUAAACCAAAAAAAUGAAAUGUAACAGACAAAGCUUAAUAAAUACCUCAAUCAGAUCUUGA